AUGGAUCUAAUGGAGGAGGAUUACGUGAGCUGUGGAGUUGAAAACUGUAGCAAGCCAGACUUCUGGAGAAACUGCUCCAACCAAGACUGUCAGGAGGAGGAAACAAUGGCUGAAUUUAUCGUGUUUGUAAUCUUCGGCCUUCUUGGAAACACACUGACUCUUCUGGUGGUUUGGCUUCACCCAAACAUGAGAAGCACCGCCCACCUCUACCUGAGCAGCAUGGCUGUUAGUGACCUGCUGAUCCUCCUGCUGCUGGCUCUUGAUCUAUUGAUGGUCUGGACAGACUUGGACAUAGGAGUCUUUGCCUGUAAGCUGAUCAUAUUCCUCUCAGAGUGCUGCAUCUUCUGCACCAUCCUCCACAUCACCUUUCUCUCCCUGGAGAGGUACCUGGUUGUUUGCCGUCCAAUCACCUCCAAGAUGCUGGUGACACAUCGCAGAACCUGGGCUCUGAUUGGCUGCCUCUGGCUGGGAGCGGCUCUCAGUGUAGCACCAUUUUCUGUCAUGAUGGAAGUGGAUCAUAAGGGACAAGAGGAUGCAAUGGAAAUAUGCAUAUUAUCACCAUCCCCAUUGUCCUCGGGCCUCGGGUUGGCCAUAUUAAUUAUCUACAACCUGUAUGUCCUGGUACCCCUGUGCAUCCUGGGACUGGUCUACAUCCUGAUUGGACGGACUUUGAGGCUCCGUCCACAAAGAAGCAGUAAAGACAAUAGUCACCGACACGCAGUCAAGAUGCUGGGAGUGAUCUUCUUGGCCUUCGUCCUGUGCUGGCUGCCAUACAUCGUCGCUCUGACCAUGAACUAUGGUUCUUUGACAGCUGGUUCUAACAGUACACACAAUUACAUACUGACUGACACAUUCCUUUAUUUUUUCGUGUUUGCCUGGAUCCUCUCCCGUCUCAGUGCUGCCAUCAACCCUCUGGUGUACAACCUGAUGUCCGCCAGGAUGAUUAUUGGUGUAGCCAUGUUGUUGCUGUACUCUUGA